UCAACCGCACUGUCGAGGCUCUCCCAGGAUUCUUCUUGUCGUACAAAAGGAAUUUUCGGUCUUACCGUUCUCCUAGCGUUUCAAAUUUACAUUCGCCGGUCAAGAGAACUUGGAAGGGGAUCAAUCAGGCGAUUAGCGCUGAACGUAAAAAGAUUUAAAAACUUCAGACGAAGAAACGGAACGUUAUUGUUGUUUGAGUCCGUUCCUAUGUCGUCGGAAAGCCCACCUCCGGCUGCGUCGGGCGAUAACCAAGACGAGCUGAUCCUGGCCCAAAAAGAGGCCAUCGCCCAGGAUAUCGCCAGUAAUGCCAGUCUGGUAGGUAAUCUCGAGCCGGUGUACUCGCUGGAGCGCGAGUUCAGUCACGAUGCCGUGUUCAUGACCAAGAUUGGCAAUCUAAAAGGCCGGUACGCGGAACUGCGGCGAACCCGUCCCGAUGGCAAUUGCUUCUUUCGAGCCGUGGCCUAUCGCUACUUUGAGCUGUUGCUCCACCGACCCGACGAGUAUGAGCGCAUCAAGGCCCUUUUGCCCAGAGCCAAGGCCCAAAUGAUCGAAUUAGGCAUGCCCACCUUCACCCUCGAGGACUUUUACGACAAUUUCAUGGAUCACGUGGAUCGGGUGGGUCAAGCCCAUAUGGAUGCUCAGCAACUCUUUGAGACCUUCAAUGAGCCAGGCCAAUCGGACUACUUGGUCGUGUUUCUCCGCCUUCUGACCUCCAUGCAAUUGCAACGCAACGCCGAAUUCUACCAGAACUUCAUGGAGGGCGACAAGACGGUGGCCGAGUUUUGCGCCACUGAGGUCGAGCCCAUGUACAAUGAAUCGGAUCAUAUUCACAUCACCGCCCUCACCGAGGCCACCGGAAUUUCCCUACGUGUCAUCUACUUGGACCGAGGCAGUCAGACUGAGGCCUCACUACACGAUUUUCCGGACCAGGGUGAGUCGGCCGCUACCACACCGUUGGUGCAUCUCCUCUAUCGACCCGGUCAUUACGACGUAAUAUACCCGGUGAAAUCAACCUCGGAAUCCGGGCCUGCCACAUCUAACGCCACCGUUACCACCACCGCCGAGCUUUCGUCUUGAAAAUGGACGUUCGGCCGUGAACGACAAUCCGCCUGUCAGGGUUGUCGCAUUUUAUUGUCACUAGACGCGCAUUGUCCGUGGCGAUCCGGUUUUUUUUAAACGUCAGCUGGCAAUGGAACCCGAAUAAAGGGCUGAAAUAGAAUAACGUAUGGUUCCUCAAGCCUCA